CAAUGAACCGGCAUCAUAAUUUGCCACAGCAUCCACAUUGACUGCGCAGCUGUUUGAACUGUCACCCGGCUUUUGGAUGCCACCCACCCUCAAACCUCGGGGAGCCUGCAACAGGACGAUGCCGUGUCAGAUUUAAAAGAGCGCACAUCAGGAUCUCGUGCUCAGUAGGUGUUUCAUCUCGAAAGUCGACACAGCGCAUAUAACACAGAUAAAGUGAAAAAAUAAACAACUUAUAAAAUGUCAGCGCGCGUUUAGAAAACAAUCUUGUAACGAUUGAUAGAUUGCAAAAGUUAAAGAUCAAAUAAAUAAACAGAGAGCUGUUCGAAAAGUAAACACAGCUAAAAUGCAGCCAAGUGUCGGCAAUAAUGGAAUGCUCUUAUUGCUGUUACUUUUGAUGCAUCAAAAUGCAUUUAACUGGCAUUCGGUUUUGGCAUUGCCCGACGUUAUAAAAAUUGGUGGGCUGUUUCAUCCCUCGGACGACCAUCAGGAACUCGCCUUUCGCCAAGCUGUCGAGCGGAUAAAUUCCGACCGCUCAAUUUUACCCCGCUCAAAACUUGUGGCCCAAAUUGAGCGCAUUUCGCCAUUUGACAGCUUCCAUGCCGGCAAACGGGUUUGCGGCUUGUUGAACAUUGGCGUAGCUGCAAUUUUUGGGCCACAAUCCUCGCACACGGCCAGCCAUGUGCAGAGCAUAUGCGACAACAUGGAAAUACCGCAUUUGGAGAAUCGCUGGGAUUACCGCCUGAGACGCGAAAGCUGCCUGGUGAAUCUUUAUCCCCAUCCAAAUACGCUCUCCAAGGCUUAUGUGGAUAUUGUGCGCCACUGGGGCUGGAAGACUUUCACCAUAAUCUAUGAGAAUAACGAUGGCAUUGUGCGGCUGCAGGAACUGCUCAAAGCGCAUGGGAUGACACCAUUUCCAAUCACAGUGCGCCAGCUUAGCGACAGCGGAGACUAUCGACCCCUGCUGAAACAGAUUAAGAACUCGGCGGAGGCGCAUAUUGUGCUGGACUGUUCCACGGAGCGCAUUCACGAGGUGCUCAAGCAAGCUCAACAGAUCGGCAUGAUGAGCGACUAUCACAGCUAUUUGGUCACCUCGCUGGAUCUGCACACCGUGGACCUGGAUGAGUUUCGUUACGGCGGCACAAAUAUUACUGGCUUUCGUUUGAUCAACGAGAAGGUCGUAUCGGAUGUGGUGCGUCAGUGGAACAUCGAUGAGAAGGGCAUGCUCCGUUCGGCCAAUCUGACCACUGUGCGCUCGGAGACGGCGCUCAUGUAUGAUGCAGUGCAUCUGUUUGCCAAGGCGCUGCAUGAUCUGGACACCUCACAGCAAAUCGAUAUACAUCCGAUAAGUUGCGAUGGCCAGAGCACCUGGCAGCAUGGCUUCAGUUUAAUCAACUACAUGAAAAUUGUGGAGAUGAAGGGCCUGACCAAUGUCAUCAAGUUCGAUCAUCAGGGCUUUCGCACAGAUUUCAUGCUAGACAUCGUAGAGCUUACGCCGAGCGGCAUACGCAAAAUAGGCACCUGGAACUCCACGCUGUCCGAGGGCAUCAACUUUACGCGCACCUUUAGUCAGAAACAGCAAGAGAUUGAGGCAAACCUGAAGAACAAGACCUUGGUAGUGACUACCAUACUGAGCAAUCCUUACUGCAUGCGCAAGGAAUCGGCGGUACCUCUGACAGGAAACGAUCAGUUUGAGGGCUAUGCCGUGGAUCUGAUUCACGAAAUAUCCAGAUCGCUGGGCUUUAAUUAUAAAAUUCAGCUGGUGCCCGAUGGCAGCUAUGGUAGCUUAAAUAAAAUGAGCGGCGAAUGGAAUGGGAUGAUACGUGAGCUCUUAGAACAGCGCGCCGAUCUGGCAAUAGCCGAUCUCACAAUCACCUUUGAGCGCGAACAAGCUGUGGACUUUACCACGCCGUUUAUGAACCUUGGCGUUUCUAUACUCUAUCGCAAGCCCAUUAAACAGCCACCCAAUUUGUUCUCCUUUCUGUCGCCAUUAUCUCUGGACGUUUGGAUCUACAUGGCCACAGCCUAUUUGGGCGUCUCCGUAUUGCUCUUCAUAUUAGCUAAAUUUACGCCCUACGAGUGGCCCGCCUACACCGAUGCCCAUGGCGAGAAGGUCGAGAGUCAGUUCACAUUGCUCAACUGCAUGUGGUUUGCCAUUGGUUCCCUUAUGCAGCAGGGUUGCGAUUUUCUGCCCAAGGCUCUGUCGACUCGCAUGGUAGCUGGCAUUUGGUGGUUUUUCACGCUGAUCAUGAUCUCCUCGUACACAGCCAAUUUGGCUGCAUUUCUGACUGUUGAACGCAUGGACUCACCUAUUGAGAGUGCCGAGGACUUGGCCAAGCAGACGCGCAUUAAAUAUGGCGCUCUCAAAGGUGGCAGCACGGCAGCUUUCUUUAGGGACUCGAAGAUCUCUACAUAUCAGCGCAUGUGGUCCUUUAUGGAAUCGGCACGCCCCUCGGUCUUUACGGCCAGCAAUGGCGAAGGCGUGGAGCGCGUGGCCAAGGGCAAAGGUUCUUAUGCAUUUCUAAUGGAAUCCACAUCCAUCGAGUAUGUCACUGAGCGCAACUGUGAGCUAACCCAAGUGGGCGGCAUGCUGGAUACCAAAAGCUAUGGCAUAGCGACCCCGCCAAAUUCGCCUUAUCGCACUGCCAUCAAUAGCGUCAUACUCAAGCUGCAGGAGGAGGGCAAAUUGCAUAUACUGAAAACCAAAUGGUGGAAGGAGAAACGCGGUGGUGGCAAGUGUCGCGUGGAAACCUCUAAGUCAUCGUCGGCGGCCAAUGAGCUGGGACUGGCCAAUGUGGGUGGCGUCUUUGUGGUCCUAAUGGGCGGCAUGGGCGUGGCCUGUGUCAUAGCCGUAUGCGAGUUUGUGUGGAAGUCACGCAAAGUCGCCGUCGAGGAACGUCUCAGCGCAAUUCUGAACGAAUGAGAAAAGUUGUAAACCCACGACGAAUGGGUUUAAAAGUCGGUCGGUCGACGAUUUGGACCAGGAACCAAAAAUGCAAGCACACAUUAUUGCAGCGCAUAAAUCCCAAUCUGUAGUAUAGCUACAAAAAAUUCCAUUCUGGCAUACUCGUUAGGCAGCGCACUUGAAGAAGGGAAAAUUUAUAAAGUUAGAGACAGGAAUAUAGAAAUAAAGGCGCCACAAAUGAUAAUCUUUUGAAAAUUAGCAAUGGACAAAACAUUUAUAUACAUAAACUAUUGAACGAGAACAAAAGUAUAUACGCACAGUUUAUAUGAUAGACCCUCUUUCGUAAUACUAAUAUUAUAAAUACAAUACAACAAGUACGGAUAACAAUCGAAAUCGUAUGCAUUUAUA